AUGACAGCAAGCAAAGAUGUCGAAUUUGAACUCCAACGUUUCUGGGAACUUGACUCAAUCGGAAUUCGGUCAGAUCAGAAAGAUGAUACUUCAGAAUUCCUACUACAUUAUCAAGACACAUCCAUUUCUCUGAAAGAUGGAAAGUAUCAUGCCAAGUUACCUUGGAAACCAGAACAACCAAUACUACCAUCCAACGUCAGAAUUGCACAACAAAGAACGAGAUCAAUGGUGAAGCGACUAGCUGCUGAUCCCGAGAAACUUAUGAUGUACAACGACGUGAUUGUUAAUCAGUGCAAUCAAGGCUUUAUCGAGAAAGUUGAAAACCCCAGUAUGAACACUGGAACCUGUCACUAUCUUCCCCAUCAUGCCGUAUUUAAAGAAUCAUCCACCACACCUCUACGAGUUGUGUACGACUGCAGCUGCAGUACGUCAAAUCAACCAAGUUUAAAUGAUUGCCUGGUCACUGGACCACCGAUUCUCAACGAUCUAACAGCGAUAUUGCUUAGAUUUCGUCGACAGAAGUACGGAAUGACCGCAGAUAUCGAAAAGGCAUUCCUAAAUAUUGUCCUGAAUGAAGAAGAUCGUGACGCCACUCGUUUCUUCUGGUUGAGCGAUCCGAAAGAUCCAAAUAGUGCCUUUGAAGUUUAUCGAUUCAAACGCGUAUUAUUCGGGGCGACAAGUUCUCCGUUUAUUCUAAACGCAACACUAGAUAAACAUUUGAAACAAUUCAAUCACCCAGUUGCAGAACACAUUCGUGAAGAUAUCUAUGUAGACGAUCUGGUCUUAGGGGCCCAAAACAACGAAGAAGCAAUCGCAUUUUACACGAAUGCACGAACAUUGAUGUCACCUGGUGGGUUCAAUUUGAGAUCGUGGUCAUCUAACAACGAAACCGUCAAAACUAUCGCAGCUGGUGAAAACCUCCUAAACGACAACCCCAAACCCAAAGUCCUUGGAAUGAAGUGGGACACCACUGACGACACCCUUCUCUAUUCUAACAACGUCACCGUAUCAGAAGCUGAUCCGACUACGAAACGAGAAGUGUUGCGCACAUCAUCGAAGAUCUAUGACCCCCUCGGUUUCCUUAAUCCCGUAGUCGUUAAUUCGAAGAUUUUGAUGCAAGAGAUAUGGAAAACAGGGUUGCAAUGGGAUGAACUGUUACCCCCAGAAAUGCAAGAACGAUGGAAUAAUAUUGCUAAAGAAUUAGAAGCAAGUACCAGUGUACAAGUACCCCGUCAAUACUUCCCGUCAACGAACAACCUACCUGAAGACACGGAACUACACGUAUUCGUAGAUGCGAGCUUGAAAGCAUAUAAAGGACGAGCAGCCACUUACACCAGCGCAUCUGUUAUACGGCAGGAGAUUGACAAUUCUACCGAACGAGAGUCUGAUGACGACGAACUAUCAGAUCCAAACUUUAAUGAAACUGAACUCCAAGGAAAUGCCAAGAGACUGGUAGGUAAGACAAACCGACCGAUAACGAAACUUUAUCCUCUCGAAGUAAGAGCAAAGACGGAUGAUUGUGAGAAUAAAGACAAGGAUCACGCCAAACAAAGGGAUCAAACGACCCAAGUGAAUGAUCGUAUUUCACAACGGCCACGACGGGCAGCUGCGGGAAAAGCUAUGGAACAGAUCAGGAAUUGGAUUCAAGAUCUUCGCGUGCCCCCGGAGGAUGUCGAAAAUGACUGA